AUGACUCAAUUUAAAACCUACCAAAAUGGCUCUUUAAAGAAGGGCUUGAUUCACAGGAAAAUUUUGAGAGGGUCGACCAGUCCAUUUAUCAUCCCACCACUCACCCAAGCAAGCUCAGGAGUUCAGGUGCUACAGAUUAGUGAAGCCCGAUUCUUCUGCCACACAUUUGACACUGACACCUGGGCUCCACCUGAGGAUCACCCAGACGCACGAGCACAGACUGGUGUACACUCUCUGCAUAUCGCGGGACUUAGGCCUUUGCAUGCAGCACCUGUCUUCCGCAGUCGUCUACGUAAAGGUCUGCACUCAGGAGAGAUGCAGUCCCCCAUGUAUGACAUCUUUGAGCCUUCACUGAUGAAUGUUAAGAUGAAAGCACAAGAGACUAGCACCCUUUCUCAACCUAAGAAGCUUGCAUCUAGGAUUCAGACUAGCCCACAAUCUCAAAGAAAUUCCGAGAAUAAGAGUAAACCCAUGUCACAAAGCAAUCCCUUUCAUAAAAGAGAGACCAUCAAGAGUUCAGCACUACCAGACUACGGCCUCCACUCAGACAGGUCUAGAGGCGAAUUCGCAGUUUCAGCAGCAAUAAGUCCAACAGACUCAGCUUCAACCGCAACAACUUCAAAGAGCCUCAGGCGCGAGAGCAGGUUCAACCAGUGCCGCUACAGCAUUCUCAGGUGA